AUGUCUCUGGAGCGCUCAACAAGUCCAAAUCCUACCGAGCGUACAUCUCUUCUAUCUGACACUGCGUCUACCAUUUCAUCCAGAGAUGACGUUGAACAGUCAAGUCUGAAGCAAAGGCGCACGCCUAUACCAACUGGACAACUUGGCGUUCUAUUCUCUAUCAGAUUCACCGAACCUAUAAUAUACAGUCAUUUAUGGCCUUAUAUUAACCAGUUUGUGAAUGAUAUCGGCGUCUCUGAUGGGAAUCCACGUAAUGUUGGGUUCUACAGUGGGUUGAUCGAAAGUGUAUUUGCUUGCGGAGAAGUUUGCUCUAUCUUCAUGCUGUCGAGGCUUUCAGAUAGAAUAGGUCGUCGACCGGUGCUACUCCCAUCUGCACUGGGUAUUGCAGUGUUUACUGCUCUGUUUGGUUUAUCAAGCUCGUUUACCAUGAUGUUGACUCUUCGAGUUUGCGCUGGUCUCUUAGCCGGAGCGACGCCUAUAGUACACUCCAUUGUCAGCGAACUUACUGAUGAUACCAAUAAUGCACUCGUUGUACCAUUAUAUGGCCUCAUAACUCCCAUCGGAUUUGCCAUUGGGCCCCUGAUCGGGGGAACCCUUGAACACGCUGCAACUAAGUAUCCCAACGUCUUUGGAUAUGAGCUUUUUCGAAAGUACCCCUACUUCUUACCAUCGUUUGUUCCAUGCUGCAUGGCUAUCGUGGGCGUCACAUUCGGCUACUUCUUUUUAAAAGAAACGCUUCCUAGUUUAGUCAAGUCUAAAAAAAGACUUGAACGUCAACGGUCCUCCUCUUCUAUAUCAUCAGAGAACUCUACUCUAUACGGUGCCACAGAGCAUAUCAGGGACUCAACAGAAGAAACCGCGGCGGACGAGGAACCCGAUUCCAAGCCGAAGGGUAUUACUGAGUUAAUUCGGGAUCCUUCUAUACGGGCUAUAAUGGCUUCUGGUACAUUUUUGAUGUUUCUAUACACGAGUUCCGAUGUGAUAUUCUCACUCUACUGCUUUACUGCUGUUGAGGAUGGAGGCGUUGGAUUGCCUCCCGAGAAGAUCGGUUAUGCAUUCUCCGUUGCAGGCCUCAUAGCUAUGCUCAUGCAGCUUUGCAUAACGCCAUGGGUGCUCCGUACUUUUGACAAGGCUAAAGUAUACCACUUCUGCAUGUGCUCGUUCCCUCUCGUGUUUGCACUCAUGGGAUGCCUGAAUCCCCUCGCUCAAACUGGGUACAGUGAAAUUAACAAAACACUUCAUCCGACCACUACGGGACUGCUCUAUGCUGCAAUAGCCAUCUUGCUCCUUCUAGCCCGUGUCUGCGUUAUGGCAUUCCCUAUCAGCAUGAUGCUGGUUAAACAAACGGCCGAUAAGCAUUCGCUUGCCACUGCGAAUGGCCUCGUGCAAGUGGCCAUGACCCUUGCAAGAGCAUUCUGCCCUACAAUCUCAAGCUCGGUGUUUGCUUAUUCUACUAGCCAUAAUAUCCUGGGUGGACAUUUCUGGGUGGUAGUGAUGGUAUUCAUUUCCCUGGUUGGGGUAUGGCAAUCUACGAAAAUUGCCAGGGUCACAAAAACAAAAGAGCAAUUGUGA